AUGCAGUCAGAUGCCUCCACAGUCCCUGAUCAAGAUGGCCAUAGACCGGCUGAAAGCAUCGGUGUCGGUGACAGCACUGGCCUCCGAGGCGACUCCUCCCCUGUCUCCGUAUCCUCCGCAUCUUUGACGUGCCCCGAAUGCGGGCAGACAUUCCGUCGGCGCGAGCACCUCAUCCGACAUCUGGACCGCCACUCCGGACGUCGCUCUUACACAUGCGAUGUCUGCAAGACGGCUUUUUCUCGGAGGCCGGCACCUUGUGCCAAAUGUACAAGCAAAGGUCGUCGCUGUGUAUAUCAACCCAAACCCGGCGACGAAGUGGCUGAGACAAUUACCGUUGCACAUUCUGCAGCCGACGAUGCUAUAUCCGCUACUCAUUCCUCGCCUUCACAGCAGGUGCAGCCACUGACGCCCCUAUCGUCUGUUCCGCUCCAACCCUGGAUCGAGCCAGAGCUUUCAUGGGAUACCCUUUUGACGUCUGCCCAAUUCUUGCUGCCCUUUUCGCCCGUGCCCUCUUUUGAAUCUGGGGCGUUAGCCGAAUUCUGUUUCGGAGACGCUGCCUUUACCACCGCAGGUCAGCCUGUGGAUGACCUUGGUAUACAGAAUAGCUUCGGUGCAGAAGUGACACAGAGAGACAGAGUGGAGGAUAUCCAUGAUCUUAUUGGUCACGAUGAUCUGACAGCGGAAGAAGAAGACAUCCUGAUCGCGGAGAACAUUCCACACGUACCUCCCGUGACCGAAGAGACGCGACUAUACAUGAUUCAAGCCAUCAAGGCCAGGCUACCACAGCAAGAGGCCCAAGGGCUUGACUCCAAAUUCCCCUCUUUACGGCAUCUCGAUACAUAUAUGCAACUGUAUUUUGAACACCUUCAUCCGCGCAUGCCUCUGCUGCAUGUUCCGACAUUUCAGACAUCUCCCGAGACAUGGCAGCUAGUCCUCGCUGUGAUUUGCCUUGGCAGUCGGUACUCCCAAGCACGCCACCAUCACGAUCAUGUUCUGCUCCUGCAGCGAGUUGCCCAGCACAUGGUGAAAGUAGAUCUUCGAGAGCUAUUGAGCGUUAACGUCUUGAUCUGUGCUCAGUCACAUUUGUUAUUCCAGCAUAGCCUCUGGCUCUCGGGCGAGUGGAGCAUUAUGGUCGAGGCUCAGUUUUACCGAAAUACCCUCGUCACCCUUUGUCGCCUAUUUCUAUCUCGAGAGAGUACCUUGAUGCACACGCCUGCAUCGACUGAAGACCUGAACCACGCGUGGUUCCAGUGGAUACAAGGCGAAGCUAAACGGCGGCUCGUCCACUUUGCAUACAUUUUUGAGUUUCUCUACUCUAGUUUUGUUAUGCUCCCUCCCCUGCUCUCAGCUGCUGAACUACAAACCCCGGUACCCAGCGCCGAUCGGUAUUGGUCAUCGACUUGUGAGGAGUGGCAUCUUCUCCCUUCACCGCCGCCUUCACCAACUCUUUGUACUCUAUUGUCACGUGUCGGCCUCGGCGAUGUAGCUUCAGCGAGUCUGGAGCAACUGACCCAGUGUAUAUUACUGUCCUCGGCCUCGUUACAGCUAACCGCUGAGAGUGACUUGCUAAAAGCUAUGGGGCUCGACUCUUCUAGCAAUACCGCCAGCCGACCAAACCCAGCUCGCGGUAUGGUGACAACCCUUUCUGAGAAGGCCUUUGAUAUCUUAUCGCAAGUAGGAUGCUCAGAAGCCCUGCGCGAAACAGACGCUGGCGGUAGAUCCAAUGACUUUGCCUUACUGUCACGAGUUCUUGCCAUUCUCUCAUUUACGCAACUAUCUCUACUAUUCUCCUACAAUAAAUGGCAGACGACAGACACAGGCCAAAGCAACGCCCGGGCUGAACUUUCGAACACUAUACUACACAAUGUCACCAGAACCAGACGCUGCUUGUACUACGCAGCGCAGGUCCUUCAACACUUUCGCACCACCAGACCAGCUACAGUACUUGAUAUCAUGGGAUGUUUGGUCUCCGUACUAUAUAUGGUGCUGUACGUAGAUAUAAUCGAGCAGCAAGAACACGAUCCCACUCGACGUGGCAGUGGCGUCGAGACUUCUAGCGCGGAGAUCAUCCGUCUCGACCACAUCGUUAAUGUAGAUGUUCUAAACGACUGGUUACAGGUACGAAACCAUAAAAGACUUCAUGUUCCUGGGGUCGGUUUCCUACACAAUGACGGAAGCAUACUGCGUUUGUACAAAGAAGGGUCGCGGGUUAUGGCACGUGGCUCUUCUAUAUCGAGGAUGGCCCAAGUAAUAUCUGGUCUUCUCGAGUCGCAAGCCAAAGGCCACCCUCUCGGCGACAGGGCGUUCCGAGAGCUGUGA